UUUAUUUAAAUGAACACAACAAUUUAUAGGAGGACCACAAAGCCAAACAAACAUAUCAAAAUUGCUGUUCUAAUAGAUUUUCCUUUCCACACUUUCCUCGCUACAACAAACUUCACAAGAAAGACAAUAAGCUAACCACUUUAGCUAACAAGUCAUGAAAAAUCAAGAACAAAAAAUCAACCUUGAAACUCUCGCCGAUCAUGAUCAUUGUCAUGAUUUCUUCUCCAACUCUUCUUCUAAUGGCUCGAAUUCUCUUUCGAGGGCUGCAACAUCAUCAUCAUCAUCUUCUUCUUCUUCUUCUUCUUCUUCUUUUUCCUCGAGCAAUGCACGAAUCCCAAAAGAGUACGAAUCCAAAGAAAGCUCGCGAAAAAUUCAAGAAGUCAGCCGAAAUGAUAAUAAUGAAGAGAAAAAGGAAAAGAAGAGGAAUGAGGGCGAUGACAAGCACCCAACCUAUAGAGGAGUACGUAAGAGGAGUUGGGGAAAAUGGGUGUCCGAAAUUCGAGAGCCAAAAAAGAAAUCAAGAAUAUGGUUAGGUACUUACUCUACGGCUCAAAUGGCGGCUCGAGCUCAUGACGUUGCGGCUUUAGCCAUCAAAGGCCACUCGGUUUACCUUAAUUUCCCUCAUCUGGCUCAUCAAUUCCCGCGUCCGGCUUCUUCUUCUCCUAAGGAUAUACAAGCAGCAGCCGCAAAGGCUGCUUCCAUCACAUUUCCUGAAGACGAUGGAGGAGAAGAAGAAGAAGAAGUAGUUCGAGUCGAGCCAAAUCGGAUUGAAUUCAAAAGUUAUAAUUCGUCAACCAAUUUAUUCUUAGAAGACACUCAAGAAUCACAAAAUUCUCUGUCAAGAGAGGAUGAUGACACAUUUUUUGACUUGCCUGAUCUUUCCUUUGAUGUGGUGGAUCAAAAUGACCAUUAUUGGUGCACAAUGUCCGCUUGGCAGCAGCUGGUUGGAGCUGACACUACUGUACACCAGCUCGAUGAGCCAUUUUUGUGGGAAUAGUUGGGUUAAAUGCUUGCUCGCAUGGAGUGUUUACAUCAGUCAAAAGUUUGACUUUAGUAGUUACUAUAAAUUUAAGUAUACAUAUAAGUAUGUGUGUACAUAUGCCUUAAAUUCAUUGGUUUGAUGUAACUAGAGUGAGGUAAGUUUUUAGGUAUGUAGUUACUUUUAUUGUUUUUUCACUCGGUGUUUGACAUUUGCUUCUAGGCCUAAUUAAUUCGAAUUCGCACUCUCGAAGGCCAAUAAGGAGGAAGCACUCGCAGCUGAUCUUUUUUAUUCCUGGGUUCGAGCCCAAAACUUUUGAUAUUUAGGAUGGACAGAUACUAUCCAUCCACCAAAAUUCAAAAUGGUACUGGAUUGAUGUAACUAAGAUAGGGUAAGCUUUUUACAUUACUUUUCCUUCCGAUGUCCGGUUAUUUUUUUAUGCAUGUAGCUGUGGGACAAAAAGGAUUGUGUGUACUCUGAAGUAAUUUUUAUUUUGUUGUUUUGUCAAACCCAAAAGGUGGAGCUUGUGUUCAUAUGACUUAAAUAAUGAGUUUGGUUUGCUUUUCUUGAA